AUGGAGUACUCACGCCUCCCGAUUCUUCCUAUUCCAGCCUUGAUCCGGCGCCGGCUGCCCCGACUUUACUCGUCCCGUAGGGCUAUAUCCGAUAACGAGCCGAGCGGGGUCCUCCAUCAUGGACUGGCCUCUUCAUCUGAGCCGCAUCUCCCGUUUAAUAGCCAACCGUUGGAGCGAGCGGCUACCGAGGCGCAGCGGCCCUCAACGGCGGGCAAUGAUCUGGACUCGUCUGACUCUGGGUCUGGGGGGUCGAAUAGCCCGCCGGUGGAAGAGGUGGGCUGCCCCACAAAGUACGAGACCGAGUCCGGUUUGCGAUGGAACCGGGUCGUCCCUGCCUUCAACCUCCUCCGAAAUGCUGGCUAUGAAGCCCAACAGCCACAGGCAGACGGUCGUCUAGCUAGGUCUCUCUACAUAAAUGCUGUGAUGUAUUUGCUCGAUGCGCUGCCAUCCAAUCUCACGGCCGAGGAGACACUUAUGCUCCAGCAUCGCCUGCCAGAGCCCGUCAAAGAGUCAAUAGCAUCCUCGUCACAGCCGCAUCUUGCGCGUUUGGAGGGACCCACGCAGCUGAAAACUUUUCAGCCUCCUAGAUCAUACCUUCACCGGCUCCUCGCAUCGACCAUCGUGCAGAUAUUUCUAAUUUUGCGGUUCCUGUUACCUUAUCUUCGGCUGUUCCUACGUCAACUCUAUGAAUACGAACGGUCGCAUCGAAUCACCGAGCGUAUUGUCACAACCAUACUAGACGCCGCGGAUGGAUUGGGCAAAAGUAGUGUGAAUAUUGGCUCGGCCGUUUGCAAGCUCAAUGGGGGCAGAGUUGGCACUGCGGUGGGAAACCUUGCUGCCUGGUGGGUGGAAGGCAUUGCGGGUGGUAUCUAUGAAGGGGUAGGCGAAGGAAUGAUGCAAUUGGGAUUGCUGAGACCGGGCUUAGAACUUGAUAGAUUGGCUUUGCAGGUAGAGAGGCGUUGA